AUGCCAAAGAAGCUCUUGCCAUCUUCGGACGCGUCCAAUUUAUCUCCUUCGACCACCACCUCAAGCUUCAAGACUCCACGUCACGACGAUUCCUUUGCUGGAAAAGGCGUCAGGUUGACAUUCAGUCGCGGUCGAAAUAGAUGUUCCGAGAAACCUUUCGAAACCACCAUACUCUCUCGCAAAUAUCGGAAAUCCAGACAUACUCCUCAAACUCAUUGCCAUAGUAUCGAGUGUUUCAACUUGCCAAGGCAGAACGUCUUUCCCCAUGCAACACGCCGCGUUGUACUCGCUGGAUCCUCAUUUCGUUUUCACGACUAGCUCAACAGGUCUUUUGGCGCCGACCAUCUACAAUUUCUCUCCCAGCGAGGAUACAUCGAUUCUUUGAGCGUGUGUCACGCCAAGUUUGGGUACAACUCUUCGAAACUUUACGGAAGGCGGGUAGUUGGCGGUGUGUUAUAUAUGACAGGUAUGCAGGCGAUGUUCAGAUGUUUGGACAAAAUCCGGCUUUCUGCGUUGACCUUCUGCCUGGUGGAUACAUGAUGUCAAGGACGUUUCUGUCCUUCGGAUAGAAUUUCCAUGGGGCACGUUCUCGAAGGCCAUUUCAAGUUAGGCGUUAGGCGGAGUGCUGAAAGCGACAUGGGCGAUAGCAAGAAGCUUCCCGAUUGUGAUUUGGCUAGACCUGACAAGGGCGUCACUUUGUCGUGGUCCUUGGUAUAGACAGAGUGUGGCGAUCCUAGUGGUGUCGAGGCUUCUCCAAAGUCUACCUUCGAAUCUCGAGUUGCUACAGGAAGACCCUACGAUACCUAGGAAGGUGACGAGAAAGGCGAUCGCGGUUCGCUCUGGGAGCGAAGGUUUUGGACAGAAGGCGCUAAUGAGUGAUGGUCUUAUGCGGC